AUGUCAGCCAAGACCGACGAAACUCAAUCGAAGACUCCCGUUUUGCUCUUCAGGGUCUUCAAAAUAACUUACUUUUGGCCUGAAACUGGUCUCCGUGUGGGCUACACGGACUGUAUCGCAGUAUAUUUCACAGCUCGGAGGAUACGUUAUUGCGUAACUCCUGUCGCUCCUGAGAUACUUCCACCGGUCAACGCCGAAGAACUCAAAACCUUGAAAGAGGAAUACGGCGGAAGCGAACCCGUUAAAAACCGUAACCCAUAUCUCAUACUCGGCUCCGAUGAUUGGAGGUUGGACGCUGAAGAUCUUCUUGGGGAUGAAUACUAUGAUGCUGAAAGCAAGAAGCAUGAAGACGAUGAGGACUCGAACUCUGAAACCGAUGGUGAAGAACCAUGGGCAACGAGCGGCUUGCUAGACUUUCUCGAAAAGUUCCAUUCUGAAGCAUCCAAGAAACCGGCGGAAUAUGUCUCCAUUCCAGGACGUGGGGCGGAGCUGAUGAAAGAUUUAUGA